GUUUGGCAACGAUUGGCGAAUAGGGAGACAAUCAUUACGAUUGCCAUCCAAUCCAUACAUCCAUACAAUCCAUUCACUAUGGAUCAGUUCCAGACGGCGACCACAGCCUCGGGAGAGGGCAUACAAGCGGGUCAGACAAUUCAGGUGACUUCGGGCGGCCAGACGUCGGUCACUCAAGCGGGACAACAGGUGAUCCAAGUGUCACCUCAGGGCACGAUUAUGAGCGGCGGACAGCAGCUGAUGGUUCAGACACUACCUCAGGGACAGACGAUUCAAUUGCAGGGCCAGUCGGGUCAGCAGAUCCAACAGAUCCAGUUCAUGCCCGGACAGCAGUUCAUUAUACAACAGCCACAAAACGGACAAAUCAUACAAACAGCCGACGGGCAGACCAUUGUGUGUCAGCCCCUGACUGUCGACGGAUCUAAUUUCGUGCAAACGGCUCAGGGAGUGAUCCAAUUGCCGGCCAAUUCACUCAUGAAUAACGCUCAGGCCGUACAACAGGCGGCCGCACAACAAAACUCGGCGAACGCCGGCCAACAGAACGCGGGCACCGCUAUAACGCUGCCAAACGCCGGAGCGCUCGGCGCCGGCAACAUAGUUAUGGUGGUUCCCGGAGCCGGUGGUCUGCAAACCGUUCAACGAAUACCACUUCCCGGCGCCGCCGAGUUCUUAGAGGAGGAACCGCUUUACGUGAACGCCAAACAAUACCACCGAAUACUUAAGCGCCGACAGGCGAGGGCUAAGCUCGAGGCCGACGGACGCAUACCGAAGGAGAGGAGGAAAUACCUGCACGAGUCGCGACACAAACACGCCAUGAAUCGGGUCCGCGGCGAAGGCGGACGCUUCCACUCGGGCUCCUCUCGUGAGGACCAUCUGAUGGGCAUCGGAGAGGACGGACUCACCAACGCCUCCAUGAAUGACUCGCAGACAAACACCGACCACGAGAACAGUCACAACUCGCUGUCAGCGCAUCACAACCUCCUCGAAGUCAGCUAUUGAUCGCUUCUUCCGAUCCCCCCUUUCCGUCGUCUCCGCAUCUUCUCAUCCAUUCAUAUCUUAUUUGAUUCAAUGAUUUCAACCAAUUUUUUGCUGAACAAAAAUACAACUUAUAAUUACGUUAAAACCCUAUUUAAAAACAAGUUUACAAAACUUUAUUUACUUUAAAUUCCAGAUAAAGUAAAAACUUAUUUUUAAACAUUAUAUAAAUUAAGUUCUCGUGUUUUUUAAAUUAAACUAUAAUUUUCUCUUUGCUUUUAUAUCAUAUAUAAAAACAUUAUAUUAUUUUUACUUUUGACAGAAAAAACCCAUUGAAAACACGAAAUUUAUUUUGAGUAUACUUUCAAACCAUACAACAAAACAUUAAAUAAUAAGUCCAAUGUUUAGUAAUGUAUAAAAAUAUAUAUUAUUUUAAUUUAGUUAUUGACCGACAAAAAGUCCCUAAAGUUUUGAUUUAAAAACCGUACUUAUAAUUGAAUAUAAACUGCAAAUAAAUAAAUAUUUGUUUCUUUUGUAUUAAAAAA